AUGAAGAACCUCAAUACCAUAUUAUUAGUGUUUACGGGAGUUUUAUAUCUGAGUGCUUAUGAAGGUAAGUAAUUGUUUGGAUUCUGAUAUUACUUGAUGAUUCAGGGGAAACACAUAUUAUUAGAAUAUAGUAUAAUUGCUACCUCGUCCCCAGGCGCUAAUAAAAAAAUUCAUGCGAGUCACUAUAUGAAAGGUUUACAUGAAGUAGUGCGUCACAUUAUAGGCGCGCAAAGGGGAGUAGAAACUCCCUGCGCUUGUUCGUCGCGAUGCACUACUUCAUGUAAACCUUUCAUAUUAUGACUCGCAUGAAUUUUUUUAUUAGCGCCUGGGGACGAGGCAGGUAUUAUAAUUUGUCAGAAUGGCGCAUAUGCUAGCCUGCGCGCAGACUAUACAAUGCUGCGCGCAGGCUACGCAUAUGCAUGUGUGUAUAUAUUUUGAUUUCUCUGACUUACUGAUUUAUAAUACCAAUUCUUCCGAAUUUCAGCAAAAUGCCGAGGAAAAAAUGCCGCUAAGUUAAAGAGAAGUUUGAAGCUUGCGAUAUCUUCAGAUGAUAUAAACAAUCGCCACAAAGCUGGAUUAAGAAAAAUAUUUCGCAGGAAGAGAGACACUAAAGAUGAAGAAGUGACAGAGAGUAAGUUGUCAUCAACCCGCUCUAUAGCUCUACCUGCUCCUGCCAAUUCCUAACCUAUAAUCUGUAUAUCAGUAUAUAUAUGAAGAUUAUCCUCGUUCUGAAAUUCUUUCUUUAGCAGAGUUUAUCUUCUCUUUGAUCAAUCUGCCUGAAGAUAUUAAAUCAUCCUACUCUGUUGCCACACAAAGACAUUAUACAGACAAAGUUAAAACUUUUUGACGUUGAUCAGGCCUAUAUAGGACUUGGAAAACAGUUUGUUCUAAAUGUCGUUCUUGUAUUAUCAUAACUUGUUGUUCGUAUAGAUGUGAAUAAUGUUUUAUCAGUUGUGUCUUGUUGUAUUGUUUUAAAAUCCUGUUUGUGCACAUUGUAUUUAAUAUAUAUAGGCCUAGGGUAUAGGACUCCAUUUGGCACUAUAUAUACUGUAUAAGUCAUAUAACAGUCCUGUUGUCUGCACCGCAUCAAUCGAUUGGAUUAACAAGCUAAUGGAAAUUAUUGAUUCUCAUUUUCUCAAAACCAAGCUGAGAGAUAUAAAUACACCACCUUGGAUUAACGGCCCAGUUAUGCAUCUUGUCAGAAAAAAGAAUGAAGCUAGAAAAAAAGCUAUAACAACUAAAAGUAUACUUAUUAUGGCGAAAAAUAUCAAUCUCUUCGCCGACAAUGCAAGUCGCUCAUUCGUUCCAACUACCAGGAGUACAUUGACUCUUUAAAUAUGUCUACGAGUAAGAAUCCUAAACGAAAAAGAAAUCGCCAUCUAUACCAACAACUGUAAAGUUCUGCAAUCAAACCUAUCGCUCAGCACCUGACCAAGCCGAGGCAUUAAUACAUAUUUCCACUCAGUUUUCUUCCUUGAUGACGACUCUUCCAUAUCGCAUUUACAUGAAAUUCAACAAACGUGUGAUUUAACAGCAUCCGAUUCCUAUACGUCAUCUCUUCAAUUAGAGGUGUCCGUUGAAGAAGUUGAAAAACUCUUGUAGUAAAAGAAUGUGUCUCCGAACUUGCCCCAUCCGCAUGUAAGCUAUUUAAUAAAUCUAUCUCCUCUGGAACGUUUCCUCAGCAAGGGAAAGAAGCCUAGUAGUAUCAAUUCACAAAAAGGUGAUCGAAACUUUGUGACGAACUACAGGCCCAUUUCACUGCUUUGUAUCCUCUCAAAAGUGCUAGAACGUUGCGUAUUUAACAGGCUUAUUGAUUAUCUCUCACACUCUCUAUCAGAACACCAGCGUGGGUUCCUCAAAGGUCGCUCUACUGUAACCCAAAUGCUUUGUUUCCUUCGCAAGAUUGGCGAGGCUCUUGAUAAAGCCUCCCAAACAGACAUUAUCUAUCUGGAUCUGUCCAAAGCAUUCGACUCUGUAUCACACUCUCGCCUCCUUUUCAAAUUACACUCAGCUGGUAUUAAAGGAUGUUUAUUCGCCUGGCUCUCAGACUACCUAGCUAACAGAACACAGUGGGUACUUGUAAAAGGUUGCACGUCCAAACCUUUACCAGUAACUUCAGGAGUACCUCAAGGCAGCAUACUUGGGCCACUUUUAUUAAUCUGGUAUAUCAACGACCUGCCCGAUGCUGUUUCUAACUACACGUUAGUCUACCUGUUUGCUAAUGGCGCAAAGCUUGCUAGAAUCGUCAAUUCACCAUCGGACGUUAGAGAAAUCCAGUAUGAUAUCACUAAAGUCAGCUCUUGGACUCACCACUGGUCGUUGAAAUUCAACUUCGAAAAGUGCGAAUCUCUAUCCGUCACUCGUAAAAGGCAACCGGUGAACAGUGUUUAUAUUAUUAAUGGCAAACCAAUCUCAAAAACCAUACCUCAGAAAGAUCUAGGUGUGUUAACCACCCCAACUCUCAAAUGAGAUCUUCAUACGUUACAUAUUUGUUCCAAAGCCCAGAAAAUGCUGGGAUUUCUGCACAGAACUUCAGAUCCUCGUUUUAGCAAUUAGCAUCGAACCCAAACGCUCCUUAUACCUAAGCUUAGUCCGUUCCAAUUUGGGCUAUGAAUAAGAACAAUUUCCGUGUUACAAGCGGCGGAAAAUUUCCUGUGUUGACAUGGAGUUAUAUCAACACGGCUCUUAGCCAAUCAGCGUUCAGAAUUUACAAAUGCUAUAUUAUAAAUAUAUAUAUUGCACAAUGAAAGCUUAAUAAAAUAAAAUAAAUAAAAUCGUAUACUAAUCGUAUAAUAGAUUGUAAAGUUAAUAAAACAAAAUUCGGUCGAGUCGAGUAUUGAAAUGUUUUACAUGUAGCGGAAACAGUGAACAUAGGAUAAGUUAGGAUAGUUAAUCUCAAUCGUUUAUAUAAUUUUGCUAAUUUCACGAACCUACGUUUUUAAUAGGUGAUAAAUUUACAGCAGAAAUAAAAUUUCUUCAAAAAUGGAAUCCUGCCAUGAGCAAAACGGACGGAAGUGCAUAUCGCUUAUUUCAAGGAAAUGUUCUUGAUGCAGUGAGUAUAUAUUUUAUGACAUAGGGCUAGGCGUUGGGGCAAAGAAAUGGGCGACGACAUACUUUGUCCGAAAAAGACAAUAUUUGCCCGAAUCUGAAUGUUUAACAAUUCAGACCUCAAGUAAAACACGGUACUCUUUAUACCUGUACUACAAAAAGUAUAUUAGUGGUUUUUACAUUCCGGAAUUCGAUAUUAUCCAUUUCCAACUAACGAGACGACCCCCCGCCCUCCCUCCCUCAACUAAAUUAAGAGCAAUUUAAUUGACAAAUUUUACUCGGCAAAAGACUAAAAUUCGCAUGACCGAACAAUGCGGCAAGGCAAUGCAAUUGGCAAUCUAUUAGAUUACAGUUGUAAGUUUUCAAACUGUGAGGCGACGCUGUCCUAUGCUCGACACCGUUGAGUACCAACUGUAGUUGGAAGAAUUGAACGUUCGUGCAAAGAAGUUACAAAAGAGGUUUGCAAAGACGUGUGUAGCCUCCGGAUAUGCGAGGUAUCUCUCUUUCCCAAAAUUCUCCAAGACAGAUUAUGGGUGUGUCCACAUUGCACACAUCUUAUAUACUCAGCUGUUAAAAACAUUGCAUUUCUUUAUCAUGGUAAAAUGCAAUCAAUACUGUCCGACUCUUGGGUAGAAAUUUUCCGACUGUCUUACCAGUAUUGUUCAUUCGGCGAAUAUAUUUUCAUGAACAUAAUUCCUUUUUACAGGUCUUAGAGCAAAUGAAUGCUGAUCGAAGGUUUAUCAAUUCUCGCGUACUUGAUCUGAAGUAAGUUCUCAGAAAGUACAAAUUCUUCCCGAGGGAGAAUAUCCUCUCACGCCUCUAACGUACCUCUUAGUACUUAUAUUUUGCCCUGGGCCCCAUAUGUUUCUGGGCGGCCCUGCAUGGUUAGUUGUCGUUACUAUUAGGAAUAAGCAUAUGUAUAUACUGAUAUACUUCUUCACAGUAUAAGUACUGGCCUUAAAUGCAAGUUUAUUUCCAUAAAAUGUCUAGUUGUCUAGGUCAGUACAGCAGAAUUAAGGACGCACCUUUUUUACAUUUCCAUUGUAGGAGGUCAGCCGAUUUUAUUUAAUAGAAACCUUUGCAAGAACUCAUAAUGGUGUCUAGUAUAGACUUUCUCAAAGUCCGUGUCAUUUUCCCGCCUUCCCCUGUGAAUAUAUAACUGAUGAUUUCUUCCAUUGAUGUCAAAGAUAUAUAGAAUUUUCUGUACGCAAAGAUCUGAAUUGAAAUUCAUACUAAUUCGUGGGAAGUUUGCUUUGAAUUUUAGGUUAACCUAGGGGUUAAGCUAAUCGACUUUUGAACAACCGUCCACUGGUAAUCACUGAAUUAAAGCAUGAGCAGCUCACCAUAAAUUAAUGUUGCAUCUCAAAUAUGAUGCAUUUUCACGUUUUUCUUCUUUGGGAAUUAAUUUUAUCUCAAUAUUGCUCAUUACAGGAAAACAUCAGAUGGCAUUCUUGCAAAAGUUGGUUUUCACUUUAGAAAGGGUGAACACAAUCCAAUAUCACAUGUACGAUUCGUUGUCUCUCAGGGACAUUUAUCAAGUCUCAAAGUUGAUAAACAUUAUUUCAAAAUCCUCAAAACAACAGGUAAAACAUUAUUCUUACUCUCUGAAUAUAUUGUUUUAACUCUUAAGACAAUGUGAAUAAUUUCCAUUGCUUUUUUAAUGUUUUUCUUUUACUUCUCUAACUAAUAUCUAAUUGUAAUAAUGAACAUCGUGGAGAACCGGUUUGAAUGCAAUGUCUUAGAGAUAACGACGACAUUUUAGCCGAUCACGUAACUGCAUGAACUGAAACUUUUAAUACAUAUAAAAACCGUCUUCAUAACAAUUUUUACAUCCAAACCUAAUGAAAAAUAUCAAAAGAGUUCUGAUAUCAUAUGUCAGUCUGUAAAGUUAUUUGUGAAAAUCGAUGCGUUUUAAUACAAAUAUUACACUUUCGUUAUUGGCCAAAGGUUGGAUGGCGACUAGGUCUAUAUAUAGGGUCAUCCAUGUUGCAACAUGGCAGAAAGAAACGAAACACAUAUUUCAAUAAUGUUUCAAUAUAGUGAAAAGUCGCCAUUCUUUCUAAAAUUCAAAAGGAACAUUAUAAAACCGUUUGCUUACAUAUGUCUUAGUAAAAGAUAUUGCAUUUGAAGAACAUUUACGUGCAUAAAACUUUUAUAUUAGUUAUGCGACACUACAUUAUCGUUUUUACUUUAAUUUGAAAAUCAAAAUUUCGGAAUUAAAAUAGAAUACAACGCAGUGUGCUUUCGCUGGUGUUAUAAAUCCCAUGUGCACUAUUAACAUAUUGAAGCCACGUGACAUUCUAGUGCAAGUCGCUUAUUUAAUGAUAAUAAUAUUAUAAUUGUCUUAAUGGUUCUCUGGGUUUUAAAAAACACAUGUGUGGGUUAAAGACAGUCUCGUUAUUUUCCAGCUAAAUUCUCGAAUGAGGAUGACAAAGGUAAAACGUCUACUCAACAACAACUUAUGAAGCCACAUAAUCCUAGUGUGCCAAAACAGGAACCUAACCAGAACUCAGCAGCACAACAAGCACAUAGUGAAUCCCCAUCUGCUACUAUUAGCGGUCAAAUUCAAGCUCAACCUGAAAAACAGCUGCCAAAUACUUAUCAAACUCAAACCCAACCUUCGACUGGAUAUCCGAAUCAACCUCAGAACGAGGCUGCACCUCAGGCUUCAACUCAGGCCUCUACGCAGAACAAGGGAACCAGCGGGCAAAAUCAAGAGCAAAGUACAAUAGCUAAUGCACAAGCUCAACAAUCUGAACGCCCUCAAGAUCAGAAUACAGCUCAAGUAACCACUCAACAGCAAACACAAGCACCAGAUCAAGCCCAGAAUCAGAAAUCUGUUCAGGGACAAGAUAAUGCACAAGUUUCGGAAAACCAAUAUCCCACCAAUCAACCGCAAACACAGUAUCAAACUGAAGCAGCAGCGCAACAACAAACCAACACUCAGAAAGGAGAUGCAUAUCAAACAGCAGCGCAAACCAAUGCCCAAUUAACACAAAACACACUUAACCCAUCUACCAAUGUUAAAGGUGAUCAAACACAGCCUAAUCCCAAACCAGCAGAGAAUGCGCCCCCUGUACAAGUGCCGAGUGAACAAGAAAAUGAGAAGAACAAGGAAUCUACUUCUUUGGAGCAGAAUGGAGAUGCAUAUCAAACAGCAGCACAAUCCAAUGCCCAAUUAACACAAACCGCAACUAACCCGUCUACCAAUGUUAACAGUGAUCAAACACAGCCUAAUCCCAAACCAGCAGAGAAUGCGCCACCUGCACAAGUGCCGAGUGAACAAGAAAAUCAGAAGAACAAGGAAUCUGCUUCUUUAACUAAAAGUAAGUAAACUUUUCUUAACUUCACGAGCAGCUGUGAAAGAACACAACAAUUUAGUCGCUUCAAAGCAAUUGAGUUCUGGAGGUGGUAGGUAGAUUAAGAGAGGUUUUCAUUAGAAUGAAGGAUUCUAUUACAUACAAAGAUCUUCGUCAAUUUUACUCGUGGACACUUUUUGUAGCAAGCAAACAAUCUGCUUAUAUAUGCAUGCAUGUGUAACCAAACUAAGUCUCCUCCACAAGUAUCUAAGUUUUCAUUAUUGUUGUGGUUUGUUUGUUAACCUGGUAAGACACAACGUACCCAAAUCGCCACUCCUAAUAUUAACUCCAUUUAUAUCAAAUUAGACUAAUAAUUUUACUUUUUAAGGGGCGAUAAUAUAUCUCCAUUAUUUAAAUUAUUUAAAUCAUUAAUAUGUUAAUUAUCAAUUUAUCUGCCGACAAAUCUUCUUAACCAGAUAUCACUGGUUUUGGUUAUUUUAUAUUUUUUACCACGUAAAAUUUAAUUUUCAACCUCGUCUAGACGAUGAUGAAGAAAAUGUAGCUAUCAAAAUGAACCAAGCUUGGUUUCCAUUCCUUAGCAAUCACGACAGUCCACAAUAUAAAAUGUUGGCGGGUAACUUGGAGAAAGGAGUGAGUACUAAAUCCACCGUGUAGUCAGUUUAUUGUAUAAAUUACUUGAUUAAUGAUUACUAUAAAAAGUUACUAUAAAAAGUUGGUGCGUUUUGUGCACUUGGUGAGUGCCAACGAAUAAUAGUGAAAUAAAGAUUUGGUGAACUUUUACUUUCUUUAUAUUUGCCACAAGAUAUAAACUUUACUUUAUCACGUAUUUAUCGGUUAUCGGAAUUGAUUGCAUUUUCUGCCUUCACAGUACAAGUAAAUUUCUUAUAAAUUAUAUUGCACCUGAUCUACGAAAAAUGUACAACGUUUUAAAAUUUUAUUUUUGUAAUUUUAGCUGAAAUCAGUGACGGAAGACGACAAAAAUAUUAAAGAUAUAAAAGUGAAGGACUUAUUGUAAGUAUAGUUUCUGCCCAGAGCAUUGGUUAUGUAGGAAUGGCCGUGGGGACGAGCCUGAACACCACUACUGACACAAAACUAAGACAUGUUUUCAUGUAAAUAAUUAAUUUCAACUACGUAUGGUUCGUACUCUUCCUGAACUCUCUUGUAUCUGACUCAAAACUCAAGGAGUUUCAAAAUCUGAGGAUUGUCGAUAUAAAGCCAUGAGAUCCACGUGAGCUCUAUAACCGCUGAUAUAUUGUUAUUAGAGAAAUUCUCCCCACUUCAUCGAAGAAGUAAUCGUAAUAACAUACUACUUGAUGAUUUUUGCAGGCAAGCUGAUGAAGGGCACACCACAGUGGAAUUUCGUCUUAAAUUCAAUGGUGCCAAAGAGGGUUCAACACAAAAAUUAAGAAAAAUUGUGAAAACUGGUGAUAUUGCAGGAAUUUCCGUUGAUGCAAGUUUUUUCAAAAUAGAAGGUAAGUUUGAAAUCCACCUAUACAGUGUUACAAUUCGCAUUGUUUGCCUUCGAUGAUGUAUAAAAGUACCCAAAGCUGUAGGUAUAACGGUAAAAAAUUCCAUUGUCUUUUGGCUCAAUAUUUCCCCUAUCUAAUAACGAAGAUCAAUGAAUAAGAUGAAGAGAUGACUUUUGAAAGUUGUAAAAUGAAAAUUGUGGAUUGAGGGCUAUAGAGAGAAGAUUGAAUCGGAUUGAAUGAUUUUAUCGUAAAAAAUCAGUGCAAUGAAGGUCACGCCUAAUUAUAUUGUUUGACAAUCGCGCACGUUCAGGGAGCUGAUGCCUCUCGUAAGCGCUCUGGCAGACUGACUAGGAACAUGGCGAAUGCAUUUUGAUGACGAAUCAUUGCAAUCAUUCAAAUAAUUUUGUGUCACAAAACGUCGAUCUGAUUCACAAGGUCUUUCCUCUACCUUUUUGCCAAAAGUUACAUUCUGUGAAGAUUGAGUGUAGAGACUUUCGAGCAAUUCUUUCUUUAAAAAUGGUUUGAAUAUUGAAUAAUUUAAAUUUUGGAAAGUCCCCCCCCCCCAAAAAAAAAAAAUCCUGGGUUAUACUCAUUCUAAUAUGUUUUUAUCUGUUGUUAUUGCAGAUAACAAAAAAAUUGGGGCAUGAAAAUGAAGAAACUGUAACAGGUGUUGAGAAUAACAAUUAGUUUCUUAUCAAGACUAAAUCAUAAAAUAAAC